AUGAAGAAGAUCUUCAGCCUCUGGAGUAAGCAGGGGCAGCAGUCCCCUGGCUUUGUCACCAGCCUGCGGAAGAUCAGGGGCAGCGUCGCCUGUGACACUGGCAGCAUUGAUGAGAGCUUCACGCAGCCCAGGUACCACAUUCGAGCCCUACAGCUGUGCGAGAUCCACAAAGCUGCCAGCCGGGGUCAAGUGGACAAAGUCCAGCAGCUCCUCUUCCUCAAGAAAAGCGGCGUGAACCACAGAGACACUGAGAGAAGGACUGCGCUGCAUUUGGCCUGUGCAAAGGGCCAUCUAAAAGUGGUGAGGCUCCUUCUGAGCAGAAAAUGCGAGGCUGAUGUGGUUGAUAAUGAAGGCAGGACACCUUUGAUGAAGGCUGUCCAAUACCAGGAAACAAAAUGUGCGUUUAAUCUGCUAGACUAUGGAGCAGAUCCAAAUGUAGCGGAUGACUACGGCAACACAGCUCUCCACUAUGCUGUGUACAAUGGGAAUAUGGUUUUAAUAACAAAACUGCUUUCAUGUGGUGCGAAUAUCGAAGCCAAAAACAAGAAGCAACUUACACCACUUUUACUUGCCAUAAAUGUAAAAAGUCUUAAAAUGGUGGAAUUCUUGGUGAAGAACAAAGCAGAUAUAAAUGCAGUUGAUAGACAUGAAAGCAUUCACCAAGUACUUUCUGAAUAUAUGCAAAAAAGUAUAAAUCCUGAAAACCCUAAAAAUCCUACUGAAAAUGAAAACAUCAAUCCAGCAUUUCUGACGCUCUGGAUGUCCAUGACGACUUACGGCAUACUCCAGAGCAUGAAGACUUUGACUCUGACACCAAGGAGGGAACAAGAAAACAAGCCACGGGAAAAAAACAAACUGAUAUUGAGUUUCUCUGAGGAUUUUCAUGACCCAGAUGGGGCUGCAGAUCCAGAAGGAGAAAGUGCCGUCAAUGAACAAGGAGAAGGGUCUCCUGGGGAACAUCUUCCCUUACAGACCACCCAGCCAACCAGUGAAUUGAAAGCAUCUGUUCCAGAGAAGGCAGUAAGAAGGAGGAAAAUACAGUCAUCCACAUCAGUGUCUUCUUGGAAACCUCCUUUAGUGAAGGUAAUAACAUUUCUCUAUUUAUCUUGA